GCCUUGGACUGUAGAGUGUGCGCAUGCCUUCCAUUGUUGGACCAUACGUUGUCGGCGUUUGAGGUCGCCAUCGUCGCAGCUUGUCGCCCAACUCCUCAGUGGUGGCGUCCCUUUUUUUAAGUGAGGCGGGAUAUCGUCGUUCGACGUGGAUGUGUGUGCGGAGGUUUGGCGGUUGUCGUCGCUCCGCUGUCGUGGAUGGAAGAGGCGUCGGGGAUGGUUGUUGACGCCGGUGUCCAGGGUGGUGCAUUGACGACAGAUGAGAGGACGGCUAUCGUCGCGGCCGUCAAUGUCGUCCUCUAUCGUUGUCAAGUGGAGAGAACCGUGGGGAAGAUGAAAGCAGCUAUUCAUGCGCGACGGAAGGUGACGGCACUACCGAGCAGCGGUGAAGGCUUGGACUUGGGUGCAGUUUCCGACGCCGUCCUCCAGGUGUGCUACGCGAUGGGGAGCGGUGCAUUUCCGAGGGCGACUCCACGUUGGUGGAUGAAGCGGCGGACGGGAGGCACCUGGGAGGACCUGCGGCAAUGUGACGACGCCACCGACGAGUACUUCAGAGACAAGCUCCGAAUGUCGCCACGUGUCUUCCGCGAAAUCGCCGAAACGAUUUCUCCAUACCUGCAACGGCGUGUGACGUUUUACAGGGUGUCUUCGCAGCCUGACCACAUCGUGGCUUACGCUCUGUACAAGUGGGCGUAGGGUGAGACAUACGACAACGGAACGUGCAGCUUCGGCAUCGGGAGGGCUUCUGGCAUAACGGCGGUGCGAGACGUUA